AUGGCUUCUGAAAAGCUAUUACUCUUUUACGGUAAGAAGAAAAAUGCCCGGAAGACGGAAGACGGAAGACGGAAGACGGAAGACGGAAGACGGAAGACGGAAGACGGAAGACGGAAGGCGGAAGACGGAAGACGGAAGACGGAAGACGGAAGACGGAAGACGGAAGACGGAAGACGGAAGACGGAAGACGGAAGACUGAAGACUGAAGACGGAAGACGGAAGACGGAAGACGGAAGACGGAAGACGGAAGACGGAAGACGGAAGACUGAAGACUGA